AGCAUUGCCGACUUGUCACGAAGACGAACUCGUUUUGAGACUUCUGUUGUUAUUGUCUGUGAAUUCUGAGGACGUUCAAAACGACUUUUUUUCUUCAGUUUUUUUUGGGAACGGGCUCAUUUUGGAUUCUUUUCAUCCUCUUCGUCCGCUUCAGCGUGAUCGAGCCUCGCGAGGGCGUCCAUUUAUGUUGCGCGCUCGACCUCCAGCUCAACGUCGGCGUACCGGCCUGGGGACCGCCGCAGCGACUCGCUGUCGCCCCACUGAGGAAGGAACAGAUAUUGCAACAGCAAUUGGCGCCAGCGGGAGGAAGAGGAGGAUGAGCGCCACGCGCCACCGCACCUUCAUCUCCCCCAACAGCACCGGCGGCCACGCGUGGGCCACCGGCUCCGGUUCCGGCUCCGGCACCGGCUCCGGCUCCGGCUCGCCCCUGGACGCGUACCGGCGGCCCUCGGAGCCGCAGUCCGCCGCUCAAGCCUCGCCGACGGCGGAAAUGGCGGCCCGAAGCCCUCACCCGUUCCCCACGGUGGACGUCCCCGACCACGCCCACUACACCAUCGGCUCCGUCAUCCUCGCCGUCGGCAUCACCGGAAUGGUCGGCAACUUCCUGGUCAUCUACGCCUUCAGCAGGAGCCGCAGCCUGCGGACCCCGGCCAACAUGUUCAUCAUCAACUUGGCGGUGACGGACCUGCUGAUGUGUGUGACGCAGGCGCCCGUCUUCUUCGUCAGCAGCAUGCACAAGCGGUGGAUCUUCGGGGAGAGAGCGUGCGAGCUGUACGCGUUCUGCGGCGCUCUGUUCGGGAUCUGCUCCAUGGUCACGCUGACGGUGAUCGCCGUGGACCGCUACGUCGUCAUCACUCGACCCCUGACCUCCAUCGGCGUGUUGUCACGGAAACGGGCCCUCGUCGUCCUGGCCGCCGCGUGGACGUACUCGCUGGGAUGGAGCCUGCCGCCCUUCUUCGGAUGGAGCGCGUACGUCCCCGAGGGCCUGCUGACGUCGUGCACGUGGGACUACGUGACGUUCACGCCGUCGGUGCGCGCGUACACCAUGCUGCUGUUCGUCUUCGUCUUCUUCGUGCCGCUGCUCGUCAUCGUCUGCUGCUACGUCUCCAUUUUCAGAGCCGUUCGCCGCACCGACAGGGCGGUGGGCAAAAUGAGCGGCACCGGGGUCAAGACGUUCCACCGGCUGCAGAACGAGUGGAAGAUGGCCAAGAUCGCUCUGAUCGUCAUCCUGCUCUACGUGGUCUCCUGGGCGCCGUACUCCACCGUGGCGCUCGCCGCCUUCGCCGGGUACGCCGACAUGUUGACGCCCUACAUGAACUCGGUGCCCGCCGUCAUCGCCAAGGCCUCCGCCAUCCACAACCCCGUCAUCUACGCCAUCACCCACCCCAAGUACAGGGUGGCGUUGGCCAAGUACAUCCCGUGCCUCGGCGCUCUUCUCUGCGUGCGUCCGACGGACCUUCGCUCGGCCGGCGGCAGCUUCGCGUCCACGCGGCGCUCCACCGUCACCAGCCAGAGCUCCGACAUCAGCGCCCACUUCCGACGACACGGCAAGAGUCGCCUCUCCUCGGUCUCCGACAGCGAAUCGGGUUUAAUGGACACGGAGGCGGACCUGCCCAGUCUGAGCUCUCGUCCCGCCAGCCGCCAGGUGUCCGGCGACAUCGGCGGGGACACGGCAGAAUUCCCAGAAUUCAAACCGUCGUCCAGCUUCAAGGGAAAGAUGAAGAAUCACGACUCGGGAAUCUUCGAGAGGACGUCUUUUGACACGGAUAUUUCCACGAUUGGCGUCAGUGAACGCGGCAGCGCCUACUCGGCAGACGCUCACGCGGGCCGAAGCGCGCUAAAUCGCAUCCCGAGCAUCGUCGUCACCUCCGAGUCCAGCCCCUUCCUCCCCGUUGGACGCAGCGCCUCACGCUCCGCCCGCGCCAAGGCCACGUACUGCGGCACGGGGGCGGGCUCUGGCUGAAGCACGUGACUGGCCCACGUCUGAUCGGAAUGUUAGAAACACACGCGCACGCACACAAAUGAUUUCAUUAAGUAAUUACUGUAUGAAUCGCAAUAUUAUACAGUGCUAUUUCGCUUACUAAAAACUUUACGCAUUUCUUUGUUGUUGUUUUUGAACGGAUUGAUGGCGUUUUCUUGUAUUUCAUUGGGGAAAAGCUGAACAUUACAAGUUGUAUUUACGUUGUUAGGUGUCCAGUCAUAUCUGUUGCAGUAAUUUGACCGUUUUCCCCCCACAGUUAGUUAAUUAAAAUUAUAUAUAUUUUUAAAGCAUUUAAAAAAAAAUGUGUGGUGACUUUAUUGUAAAGAAUUGUAUUUAAGGUUAAAGCGAGAUUUUAAAAGCUGCAUUCAGGAGUUGAUGACCUUGGACGACCGCAGUUGGACCGCGGUCGUUUUUGCGUGCAAUCAGUGCAGAAUCCUACAAGUGAAAAACCUUGCAAGCAGAAAUGAGGAAAUCAGGAGGCAGCGGAAUAAUAGAAUUCGUACAAUAGAGCAGGGCUGGACAAACGUUUGGGCUCAAAGGCCACAUUGGAUUUUCAAAACAGACAGAUGGGCCCGCUCAUUUGUUGAGGAAAUUAUACAUUUUUUUUCAUGCUAAAACUUUCAUUGAUUCUCAUGUUUGAUUGUAUUAUUUGUAACUAGUUACAUUACAGUGACUUAACCAAAUACGUCAUUUUUAAAUAUAUCAAUUUGAAGUCAUCAAUGAAUCAAACAUGAUAAAUGCAUAUGUAAAAUAGCCUCAUUAACAAAUGAUUGAAUGAGAUCAGUGGAUACAAAUAAAUGCAUGAAUACAUUUCAUUUAUCCAAUUUUAGGAAAAAACGGCAAAAAUGAAAGCCGCAAAUAUUCCGGGACUCUUGAGAAUGUAAACGCUCGCUUGGCCUGUCACAAAUUUGAUGAAAUAUCCGUUAAAUUGAAUGACUUUUCAACUCAGUCAUCCUGAGUCAGGCAAGCGCACUUUUUUUUUUUUUUUUUUGCCACAAAAUGCAAAAUAAAUAAGAAUGUGGUAAAAGAGUAUUAUUGCUAUUUUUUGUGUGUUUUUCUGACUUCUGUGUAAAUUGCGAGCGUGUCUGGCUUGAGGGUAAAGUAACUGUUAUGUUGUUGUUGGUUUUGCGGGGGGAUAAUUGGAGUGUAUUUAUUUACAGUACUUGACAUGUUGUUGUUUGACUGUUUCCAUGACAACGAGCGUGUGCCGCGAGCUCGCACGAGGGCCUCGGGCAGACUAAAACAAACGAUGGCGAUGAGAUGUUGUCUUCCGCUUGCUCGUGUGCUUAAAAGCAAAGCAUUUAAUUAGAUUUUUCAUAACCUUCCAUAAUCUUCAAAUGUGAAGUAAAACUUUGCAUAUUAUACAUUCAUUAGCUUCGAAUGUAAAACCGUGUUUCAUGUUGUUUCUUGGACUUAUUGCACAUGAAUGUUCACAUCAUUGUUGCUUUUAUUUAUUUUUACAAAAUAAAUGCAUCAUUUGUUCCCA